GAAAAAACGCAAAUAGUGGUGUGGUCCUACAUCUGGAAUACAGACUCGUGCUUUGAGAAUCUAUAGUGGGAUCCCAUAGUAAAGUAACCCAGUGUUUACUUUCUGCUCUCUUUCUUUUUCAAAGAUUUUACUCAGUCUCUCCUACCUGCGGACCCCACCAUGCUGGCCAUUCUGUUUGGAACGGUAGUCUUGCAUCUGACCGAUCUUAUUAUUCUCUUCAUUUCAACAUGUGCAAAUGCCUGGAGAACACAUGGAGACACAAGUUAUGAACUCUGGUAUGACUGCACACAUACCAAUGGAGGCUAUCGAUGCAAAGGGACUUCUGAUGCUGAUUGGCUGCAAGCAGUGCAGGCUCUCAUGAUCCUUGCCACCAUCUUCUGCCUCAUCUCCUUCAUCUUCUUCCUCUGCCAACUCUUCACCCUUGUAAAGGGAGGUCGCUUCUUUAUCACGGCUGCCUUCCAGGUCCUCGCCAGUCUGUUUGUGAUAAGCGGAGCCAUCAUCUACACAGUGAUGGGUCCAGAGUGGAAAAAUGAAAGUGAAAGUUAUGGAUACGCCUUCGUGCUGGCUUGGCUGGCCUUUCCUCUGACACUCAUCAGCAGCUUAAUUUACAUUAUCCUGAGGAAGAAAGAAUAAGAGUAUAUCCUUCAGGUAUUUUUCUGGAAUUGAGAACUUUACUCAGCCUACAGACUCAGCAAAUGGCCAUCUCCUCCAGGGCUGACUAUUUAGACCAAUGUGAUCAAAGAAAGUGAGAAUUCAUGAAGACUCAAUACAGCAAAGACAGUGUGCAUGACACCAAUGGGUGUCUUUGGCUGGUGAGCCUAUUUAUAUCACUUUUACAUAGCUUUUUUUUGUGUAAAUAUGAAUGCUAUGACAUGUCAAUACAGGCCCUGACAUUUUAAGAUUUUACUGAAGGUGGAGAGAUAUAGGAAACAUAUCAAUCUUUUUUUUUUUUGUUGUAUUUUAUCAUAACCCUUUUCAAUUAUCACAUUUAAUAAAAUGUUAUAAUAUAGUGUAUUCUCAAAGGUAACGUGUUGAUGUUGACUUGAAAUGUUUUCUUAUAGCCAUAUAAUUAAACAAAGUGAGUUGUUGUGUUGCCUUUGAAUUCAUGUAAAUGGUGCUAUGUAUUUACCAUCAUUGAAUUUCAUUGCUAGAAAUACAUAUAGGCUCAAAUGUUGUGUAAAAACAUUUUACAGUGUGUAUUUUAUCUGUGACUAUAUUACUUUAUGGGACAUAUUUGUUUCUGUAUUAUUGUUUGUUUGAAGAAUAACUACAUAUAUAAUUUUUUUCCGUUGUGUCAAUUUGCAAUACUUAAUAGGAACACUAAAGCUAUUAUGCAAUGUGCACAGAAUUACUAGUAAGUUGUCACUUUGUAAUUCAGACUUGUCUGUUAUUUUGAAGUGGUAGAUUAUAAUUCUUAUUUUGGUUUCCAGUCAGAGAUGAUCUAAAAAGUGAAGCAAACCCCUCCCAAAAGAAAUGGGGAGUGAAGUCAUUUUACUGGCUUUCUGUGAGUGGAGGAGAAAAACAGAUGUGACAAAGAGAUGACUUUUCAUGCACGACCUGCAAGUCAUCUCAGAGGAUCCUUAGAGCAAUACAAAUCAGAAAAGUCAAAAAGAAAGCUAACAAGUAAUGACGAGUCAGUGUGUAUAAGUAGAAUAUAAGCUCUCUGCCUAAAGGUUUUUAAACCAACUAGAAAAUAUUAUUAUUUGUAACAAUAAAAUAUUUCAGUCUAAAAGAAAAUCUAAACUACAUUGUGAAGUCUACGAAUUUCAGUUGAAAACAUUUGCAUGAAACCCUGUUUUUGAAUACUCAAAGUCUAUACGCUUUCAUGGUGGGGAAAAACAUGCAUCCAGAAUCCACUGAACUUGAAAUAACUUUGAAAUUAUGUGUGCUGUGAUUAAUGAUUCAUUUUAACCAUUGUUGAAAUAAUGGUGGUCCACGCCUAUUACUAAUCUAGCUUUCAUUCCUUGUUUUUUAUUAAUUACUUUCCAGAUUCAUUUUCAUGUAAAAACUACAGCUUCCACACAAUAACAUUCAAAAAGCACAAAUAACAUUCUAACAGUCAGUAUAAGAUUAAUAUAAUAUUCUGUUAACAUUUAAACCUUAUAAUACAAUGAUUUAAGAUGAAUAUCUGUCUGAAGAACAGUGCAUGAGGAGAAAUGAAAGGUAAAUUAAUAAAAUGGGGAAAAAAAGAAAAGCAGCCAGAUUGAAUGAGAAUAAAUACAUUAGUAAUAAUAUAAUAAAACAGAAAAUAUUGCAUAGUUAUAAGUCAGUUUAAUGCCACUAUUGCUUAUUUAAGAGUUUUUCUUCAACACUGGGUGCUACCAUGUUCCAGAGGUUGGAUUGUUUUUUGUUUUUUUUUAUCGAAUCUAACAAAUUUAGACUUUUUUUUUUUUUCUUUUUUUUCUAUUGCCAAUGAUGGUCACAUACAUUGACUCUGAAACUUUUUACCAUGCCUUUAUAAUUUAUUUUUGGUAAUUUAUUUACUACUGCAACAUAGGCUACUUUAUUCUACAUUUUUGUUUUAGCCUUAUCCCAGAUCUAGUUUUUCAUUGAAUUCUAAAAAUGUAAAAAAAUAAAUUAUGGCUGUCCCACCUGUGACGUAAUUUCCACCACACCAAACAAUUUUGACUACACUCAAAUGUACACAUUUUCAUCAAACUGAAUUGAGUAAUCUUUAAUAAAAUAUAUAACCUAAAUAUUUUAUAAAUAAAA